GAGGCGGGGCUCUCCAGUCGCCAUUGACGCGUGGUUGGUGCAGCCGGAGAACGGACCGAGGUCCCACUCGUGUUUUAUUCUUGCCCCGCUCAUCGUCUUGAAUUCCUCUGCCUUCAUAGGCAGAUUGGAGGAUUCCCAAGAUGGGAGAACCACCAACGCAUCUGAUGUGGCUUCCUUGUGCCAGGGGAUUAUCGUCAGUGCAUCUGGAAAUAUGAGAAAAAAGGUUUAUACACACACACACAACACCCCAAAAAGUUGCAACGUUUCUUUGGAUCUUAAGCCCUUCCAGACGAAAGCUCGGGAAAGGAAGGGAUCUGGAACUUUUUACGACUGUCCGAACUUUUGUUCGAGGGGAAGGGAAGCGCAAGAGAGACGCGUCCGGCGGAAACUUUAUUUCCAUCGGAAGGUGGGGUUUGAAGAGGCCAGGCUGAUGGUUGUGAAUGUGGGGCAAAGAGCAAAGGUGAGCGGCGUUUGGGUGCGAUGGCGAGAGAAUUUGGCAAGGGUGACAAUUGGGCGUUAAAGCGCAGGGACGGGUGCGAGCUGUAGAAUUUGGCAGGCUCGCCGCGGGUACGUGGAGAUACCGGUGCUCUCUCUAGAGAGAAACGGGUGAGUCAGGGCCGCUUGGACAGCAGGAUGUGAGGCGGAGAAAUUGUGCAGCCCGGCGCAGAAGAACUUGUGGAAAUCUCGGUGGAUGUUAGAGGCUCUGGGUUCCAGAGAGGACCACCUUCUUUCUUGGAGACGCGGCGCGCGUUUGGCCCCCUUUGGCUACUGUAGUGGAAGAGGCUCCGCGGCUCCUGGGCGGCCCCGGGGAUUGGCGAGCGCGCACUUGGCAUAGGCCAGAGCCGGCCUGACUUGAUGGCUGCUGACGCCGGCAUGAGGACGAACGGCGGCGGCAGGAGCGACGGCAGCUGCGCGUCCUGCGACAUCAGCUACACGCUCCCCACGAUCUCCUCCAACAAGCUCCCGGACUUGCGCUUCAUCAGCCGCGGCGCUUAUGGCACGGUGUCCUCUGCGCGCCACGCAGACUGGCGGAUCCCAGUGGCUGUCAAGUGCCUGCAGGGACCCCUGCUAGAGAGUGAGAGAGACAAUCUUCUGAAAGAAGCUGAAAUUUUACACCAGGCAAGGUUCAGUUACAUUCUGCCAAUUCUGGGGAUUUGCAACGAACCUGAAUUUCUGGGCAUCGUGACGGAAUAUAUGCCAAGUGGGUCACUGAACCAACUUUUACACAGCAAAAAUGUAUAUCCUGACAUUGCUUGGUCAUUGAGGUUUCGCAUUCUUUAUGAAAUUGCCUUGGGAGUAAAUUAUCUUCACAAUAUGAGUCCUCCUCUCUUGCAUCAUGAUUUGAAGACGCAUAAUAUUUUGCUUGACAGUGACUUUCAUGUUAAGAUUGCAGAUUUUGGUUUGUCAAAGUGGCGCAUGGUAUCUAUGUCACUGUCACGCGGUGAGAAAUCAAUGCCUGAGGGAGGGACUAUUAUCUACAUGCCACCUGAAGAUUAUGAUUUCAGUCAGAAAACGCGUGCAACUAUAAAGCAUGAUAUAUACAGCUAUGCCAUUAUUAUGUGGGAAGUGCUGUCAAGAAAGCAGCCGUUUGAAGAUGUUAUAAACCCCUUGCAGAUUAUGUAUAGCGUGUCGCAAGGAAAACGUCCGGACACUGGGGACGAGUAUCUUCCGCUAGACAUUCCUCACCGGGCCUUGAUGCUGUCGUUAAUGGAAUCCGGCUGGGGGCAAAAUCCAGAUGAAAGGCCUUCUUUCUCAAGGUGCUUAAUAGAGCUUGAACCCGUGCUGAGAACCUUUGAUGAGAUACCUAUGCUUCAAGCAGUGAUACAGUUAAAGAAAGCCAAAGCUGAAUAUGAGUGGCGAUGUGUUCAUAUGUCUAGCAAGAAGACCGAUGGUGAAUCAAUAUCUCUAAAUAUACCUUUAAAUCCCAGUACGCAAGAGGACUCUUCAUCGCAAUGUGAUAGCUACCUUUCACGAAACACUGUCCGGGAUACAUCGAAACAGUGCAAUCUCCUCUCGGAAGGUAAAUAUGACUCUUUGGAUGAACCUCACUCGUUGAUUAGCUUGAAGCAAAAUCGCUCGCUGCCAUCAACUAUUCCGUCUUAUGCAUCUCAACAAAACUCCUGCUCGUCCACCACAGAUAGUUCUGAUUCCUCAAAUUCCACGCCAUACCCACGUCAGCCACCAAGAAGUAACUCAGAUUUUAUGCUGCAGACUCUGCAGACUCUGCAGCGGCAGGAGCAGCAAGAUGAAACUGUGGCUCACCAGUGGAUCCAAACCAGAAGAGAAGACAUAGUCAACCAGAUGACGGAGGCUUGCCUUAACCAGUCCUUGGACGCCCUCCUUUCAAGGGAUUUAAUCAUGAAAGAGGAUUAUGAACUUAUCAGCACAAAACCUACAAGGACCUCAAAAGUCAGGCAGCUGCUCGACACGACCGACAGCCAAGGAGAGGAAGUUGCUCGAGUCAUAGUGCAAAAACUGAAAGACAACAAACAGCUGGGACUUCAGCCUUAUCCAAAUAUAUCUGCUCCCUGCAGGUCCACAUCUUUGAAUUGAUAAACAUCCGUAUAAAGAUCUUGCAGUGUUUUCCUAAAAGUUGGGAUUCCUGUUUCUGAAAUGUCACUGCUACAUGACUCUAGACUGAAGUUUGGAGUGGGUGGGUCAGGGGGAAGCCUGGCAAGUGAAAGUAUUACAUGACACCCUUGUUGUUUUUUUAAGUUCUAAAAACUGCUUUUACACUGCAUCUCAGUGGAAACUUUAUAGAUCCAUUUUGUGGAUCUAUAAAAAUACAUAAAUAUUAAAAAAAAAUGGGGAAAGUG